CAGAGGGCGGGAUUUGUUCGGCUCUCCGGACUUUUUCUGCGAGCUUUGCCGAGGUUUCCACCGCAGACCUGCAGACUUUCGCGGCUUCCCGGGAGCCGAAGGUGUGUGUUUGCGCGUGUGCGCGCGCGCGAGCGAGGGGGCGCGUGCGUGUUUGGCUGCGUUUGGGAUUCUCCCGGAGCGCUCCGUUUAGUUUACCUGCUGCUCAUCCAGCAGCGGCCACCUGGACGAGGAGGUGCGCGAGCGGCGGGCUGCACGAGACGAGAGUCACUCCGGGACACGUUCCUCCUUCCUCGAGUUGCAGAUCUUCAGCAGACCUAGAGCCACCCUCUGGUAGUUGCAGCCCAGGUCCCAUCCAGAUGGAGUGGCGAGAGCAGUCCACAGUGAGCUGCGACGUUGCCUUUGCAGAAGCCCAACGAUGGGUCGAGGAGGUCACCAGGAAGACGUUUGGUGGCAGACACUUCCGAUCGGCGUUGGAGAACGGAGUCUUGCUCUGCGACCUGAUCAACAGGAUCAAACCGGGGAUCAUAAAGCGAGUGAACCGGCUGUCCACCCCGAUCGCUGGCCUGGACAACAUCAACGUGUUCCUGAAGGCUUGCGGGAAGCUGGGACUGAAAGAAGCUCAGCUCUUCCAUCCAGGAGACCUCCAGGACCUUUCCUCCAGAGUCACUGUCAACCAAGAAGAGACCAGCAGGAGGCUCAAAAAUGUUUUGAUCACCAUUUACUGGCUGGGGCGGAAAGCACAGGUCGACCCGUUCUAUAAUGGACCUCACCUGAACCUGAAGGCCUUCGAAGGGUUGUUGGGCAUUGCGCUUUCCAAGGCGCUGGAGGAAUCGUCGGGGCCGAAACGUAGCGUCAGGGACAGCGGCUUCGGCGACGGCUGGUACGCCGAGAGGGAGGAGCCGUACGCUCUGCAAUCUGCCCACAGGAGGGAGGCUUCUCUGGACAGCUUGGACUCCGUAGAAUCGAGGACUCUCAGCAUCUCCUCAGAAGCCACUCUGAAGGGCAGCAGCGAGGGUUGCAGCAGCGACGCAGAAGCAGAUCAUAGGUCUGGCACCAUGGCCGACGGCAAAGACCUUCUCCAGUUCCGCCGUUCCCAGGCCAUCGAGCCCAGGACCGCCACCCAGUUCAACCAGUUCCUCCCCAGCAAGGACAAGCCGGCAGCGUAUGUCCCGGCACCGCUUCGGAAGAAGAGGGCAGACCGCCACGAGGACAACCGGAGGAGCUGGGCUAGUCCCAUGUAUACUGAAGAGGAUGGCACCUUUACCAGCGGAGACGGGACUGGUGCAGACUCCCGUCCUCAGAACGGGUAUGACGCCCAGCCCAGUGCGCACCGCUGCUCCUACGAGUACGAAAGCGAGAGCGACUCGGACUUGGAGCGGCCGGAGCCAGACCUGGUGCUGGACGACCUUGCGAGCCGCAGGUUUCGCAGCCCGCCCCCCGUGACACCGGCCAACUACGCCGUGCCUUCGGGCUUGCCUUCAAUGGCCGCGGUCCCUAAAGCUCCGCGAAACUCCGUUGCCUUUCUCAGCAGCAGCACUUCGCCGCCGCCUCCACCCAGCGAGAGGCGGACCGCCCCAAUGCGCGCGGUCCCCGGACAGCCGUGCUAUGACUCGGAAGAUGAAGAUGACGAGGAUGAGGUGGGCUAUGCAGACCCGGUGCAGGAUGACUUGUACGCACGAAAGAUUGGAAUGCUGCCACUGUCCUCCGCCAAUGUACCGUACGACAGGUUUCUGCCCAAGUACUGGACGCCAGAGGAGGAAGCCCAUGUGCAGAGAAUAAAGCUGGGCUCACAGCGCCGGCCCUGGUACAGGAAGAUGCAGGGUUUCAGCCAGAAGAAGUCUGGCUCGUCAUCUGACGAUUCGGAUACCGAUAUCGCUCCCUGGCUCGUACCAGCCCCACCCGUUCGGCAGCAGCUGGACAUGGCCACUAGUAACCAGUACACACCUGGAGGCCCCAUCCUCCCCGACCUCACGACUCGCAGUCCUCACAUGCAGCAAUACACAGUCGUACCGCCUCACACAACCCAGCCACGGUUAGGGUUCUCCAGGCCAGAUCCCACUGCUGGCCCCAGAGUGGUUAGGUGUGCGAAGGGCUCCGUGCUGGGCUCGCGUUACCUCUCCGAGCCUCACGUUGCCGCACAAGAUCUCCUCCCCGACCUGGAGAACGACGACAUGUUUGCCCGCCGCACCCGUUCCUUCCACAGCGGCAUCGACCUCGCCGGCUGGAAGCCCGAGAGCAGAACAAGGGUUGCCGCGCGCUCCUGGCUGGAGGCCAGCAUCGUCACCCAGCCCAGGAGGGGCGAACGCGUAACGCCUGACAUCGAGAGAGACGACCUGGUCUUCCGCAAGUUCAACCAGCCCAAAACCGAUCGGCCCCCCUCGGGCGCCCCUGACGUGUACCGUGCCCUGCCUGUUCCUGAGCCCUGGUCCCUGCCUGCCAAACUACAGACCCGUCUUCUGUGCACCCCCUGCCCCCUUGAGCACGGGGAGAAGACCAGGGACAGAGACGGGAGGCGUCGGGAACACGUUGCUAGCGACGACAUGCUCCUCCGGAGGCUGGGAGCGGGGCAGCCGCAAGGGGCGGGCCAUCCGUCCCUGGCCGCUCAGCCUAUCCCUGGCGUGCCUUCCUCCUGCAGCGACGCGGACAUGAACAAAUGGCAGGCGAUCCGUGAAGCCAGCCGCCUGCGCUACAAGAAGAAGCUGAUGGUGGAGAGACUUCUCCAGAAACGCUCUGGUAGAGAUGGGAGCAAGUCUGUGGAGGACAUCCCGGAGUCACCUGUCCUGCGGCAGGUGCGCUAUGAGGACCUGCAGAGGAUCCGCGCCCAGGUGAAGGAGUGUGAGGACAAGUGGCAGGAUGACCUGACCAGGUGGAAGAACCGCCGGCGGAGCAUAAACUCGGACAUCGUGAAGAAGAAGGAAGAGCGAGAUCAGAUGGAGCUCAUUGCCAGCGGGAGCAGCACCAGGAGGUCCAGGACCUUCGGAGAGGUGCAGGAGGAGAGGGACAGUAGAGAACAGGAUACCCUUGGCAGCAACGGCAACAUGCUGUCCUCGUCCAGUGUCCAGGACCCCGCCUCCGAGAUCAGGCCCCUCGCAAAGAUCCAGCUGGGCCAGAACUACACUAUCAACACAACACCCACCCAAGGGCCUGAUACCCCUGCACCACAAUCUGGUCCUACCCAGCAACUGUUUAGCUCUGCCCUGCCAUCCGAUAGCCCCGCCUCAUUGUCUGAUGGCCCUGCAUCUCUAACCGAUGGCCCCGCCCUAUCAUCCAUCAGUCCCGCCCCAUUAAUGUCUGCACCGCCCCCUUCGGCCCAGAACAGCACCGACCGGGGCGCCGACACAAAGCGCCCCAGCUCGUCUACAGAGAUCUCUGCCAGCUUCUCAAACCAGAUCCUCGCAGCGCAGCCAGCAGAGCGGAGCCCCAGUCCUCCUUACGCCCACCGUUCCAUGGAGGCCAAACCGGGGACGGCUCGGGUUUCGGUCUCCCUCCCCAGGAGCUACCAGCGGUCAGACGGCUCGCGCCUCACCUCCGUCGUCACGCCCAGGCCUUUCGGGACGCAAGCGACUCGGAUCUCCUCGCUGCCGCGGAGCUUCAUCAUGGACGACUCGCACAAGCGCUUCAACGGCGAGGCAGGCACCGCUCACAGAGCCUCUGUGCCCAGCCGCUACAGCCAGUUCUUGACGUCGGAGGACGAGACGCGCUCCCAGUCCAGCUCCGUGCAGAGCAGCAAUGAGGAUGAAGAGGAAGAAGAGCACCAGGAGGAGCUUGGCCCGCCACCACCAUCGUCGUCAUCAAACCCAGGGACUAGCGAGGUGGUUCCUCAGCCCACGAUGGUGUCCCAGCUCAGUACCACCACUGAUGGAGAUGGCCCACAGGAAUAUUACAGUGACAUGAGGAUCAGUCUGAACCAGAAGCCCAACAGCAGCCGUGACUUCGGCUUCCAGACCAGCUGGGACUCGACCGGGGCCCGCGUCAAGUCCGUCCAGCCAGGCAGUCCAGCAGAGCUGUGUAGGCUGCAGGUGGGAGAUGUGGUCCUGGCAGUAGGUGGCCGCCGCGUGUCCGACAUGAGCUACGAUGAGUGGAAGGGCAGCCUGGAAGCAGCGCUGCAGCACGGCAGUUUGGUGAUGGACGUGCGCCGCCACGGGAAGAAUGCCUGGGACAGCGAGCCACCUUCCCUGCCAUUUAAAAGCCACAAAACCAUCAAUCUGACCAGUGUGGAUCCGACACUUGUAGGUGGCCCCGAAAAGCACGUCAUCUCUAGCUUGGAGAGAAAUUCCGGAACUUUGUCUGCAGAAACCCCCACAAAGACAGAGGAGCGUAGAAUUCAGCCUGUCAACGAUCUCCCAGCUAAAGGGGUAAACGGCGGUUUCCGUGACGAAUCGGUGACGGUGAGACACAAAGAACACGAGUCCAUUUCUUUGCGAAACUUAAAAAGGAGAUCCGAGUUUUUUGAGCAGAAAGGCGGCUCCGACUCUGCAAUAUCAGAUCUGCAAGUCCCCUCCCUUAGUACGACCUCCAACCGCUGGUCCUGGGACCCUGAGGAGGAGCGCAGGCGGCAAGAGAAGUGGCAGAAGGAGCAGGAGCGCCUCCUGCAGGAGAAAUACAAGCGUGACCAGGAAAAGUUGGAGGAGGAGUGGAAGCGAGCACAGCAGGAGGUCGCAAAGGAGGACUCCGGGUCCAAAGAGGAUCAGAAAAUAUUGCAGCUGGAGAGCAGGAGCAGCAUCACCUUCAGCUCCCACCAGGUCCCUCUGAGCGAGUCCACUCCUCCUUCCCUGGAGGAAGAUCAGUGGGAAGCAGCUAGGGAGUGGGAGGAGGAAGAACGAUGCCGGCGGGAACAGGAGGAGUGGAGGCAAAAGGAGCAGGAGGAACGGAGGCAGAGGGAGAGGCAGGAGGAAGAAGACAGGAGACGGUUCCAGGGCAUUGAGGAGGAGCAGGAGAGCCACAGGCUGCAGGAGCAGCAGCAGUGGGAGAAGUCAAAGUCCACUCCUGAGCUGGACGAUGUGGACAAGCCAGCUAAAAGAGCUUCCGAUAGUUUAGAUCCAUCUUCGGCUGGAGCUCGCGUUGUCGUACUGGCAUUGACCUGGAGAGGAUGCCGUAUAGAGGAAUACGAGAGAACCCACCUGCGCUGCUCUGCCGCAGGCCGGCACGGUGUCCGGGGGGGCGGGGCCAAGUCGGUCCUGGAGCAGGAGCGUAGGGGAAACCGAGACUUCAGGGCCCAACGGUCGUUGGCCAUAGCCAGCCUGGAGGCCAAGAGGAAGAACAUCCUCAGCACCCUGAGCUACAGGGGCCCAGAGAGAGUGAGCGGUGGCGAGGGAACCUGGAGCAGGGACUCGCAGCGGAAGAGGAGCACCCCGCUGUCCCAGGCCGAGCUGGAGCGUCAGCAGAUCCUGCAAGAGAUGAAGAAAAAGACGCAGCUCCUGACGGACAGCAGCUGGAUCCGCCAGCGUAGCACCAGCGUGAUCAACAAGGAGCCCGUCAACCUUGGGGGACACAUCCGCAGAGGAGAGUCACUGGACAACCUUGACUCCGCCCGUCCUUGGAGGCCUUUGUCCUGGUCGUCAGUCUCCGCCUCCUCAGCCCCGAGCUACAGCCGGCCUCACUCGUCCUUGUCCACGUUGUCCUCGGCCUCCUCUCUGGGCUACGCUCGCUCUGGCGCUGCCACCCUGCCCAGCUCCUACUCCACGGGUUCUUUGAGACAGAGCCCCUGGUCUCAGCCACCCUCCGCUUCCCCAACCCCGCCGGGGGCCCCCGCCGAGGAGCCCGCCCCCGAAUCCCGGCCCCCGUCGCAGCAGCGGACCAGGUCAGUGAGCGGGAGGAAAAUGUGCACGCUCUGCGACCUCCCGCUGGGCAAGGGAGCGGCCAUGAUCAUCGAGUCCCUGGGCCUUUGUUACCAUUUGAGUUGUUUCAAGUGCAUCAGCUGCAAGUCCGACCUCGGGGGUUCUGAAUCCGGAGCCGAGGUCCGAAUCCGAAACAGACAGCUCUACUGCAACUCCUGUUACAUCCGAAUCAAAAGCGGUCAGCCCACCUCCAUGUGACCUGACGUUACAGCAGAUCGAGGAAGAAGCGAACUGAGAACGAGCGGUCGCGAACCCGAACCGACCGUUUCCAGCAGGCGGUCGCCCUCCGACAGCGAGGAUAUAUCAAUAAGUAAUGAUUCCGCGGACGUUAAAUGUGCAGCCAACUUGUCAGCAUCGUCUUUGUAUGGCAGGUGGGGGAGGGGAUGGGGGGGGCUGUCGGUCUUUAUUAGCGUGGCGGUUUUUCUUGUCCAGAAUAUAAGGGACAUGCAUGAUCCUGUAUGCAAUGGAUGUUUAUUAGAAACAAUAGACAAAUUCCAUGUUGUGGCGUAUUGCUGAGAACCUCCUGCCCGUCCGACAGAGCAUCACCGUUAAAUUGUUCAUGUUAAAGCGGUUGAAACGUAUUAUUUUAAUGCUUCCUUCCUGUUUUUGAGUGCUCUGCCCACUAGGUUUGUUUCCUGAACUGGGUAUGUCUGAAUUAUUAAUGUUGUUGUUGUUUACUUUUUUUUUUUUAUGUGCCUUUUCUUUACGAUGGUGAAGGCCGAGAUUGCAGCAGCACAUUUACGUUCAAACCUAUUUGAAGUCGAACUAAACGGAUGCUCUCGUCUCAUUUUGAAUUAAAGUAAACUUUGUUCAGUAAUGUUUGUAAAUAAAGUUGUGAAAUCUGCAUUUUUGAAGCAUUUAAAAUGUGUGGGUGUAUCAAUAUUUGGACAUAAUAAACAGUAUC